AUGAGAAACCACUUGAAGGAAGAACUGAGUAGAAGAAUGAGAGCAGCAUGGGCAGCAUUCGCAGCCGUCAGGGAAGCUACGGACCAACUGACGGACCAUGAUCUUCGUGCCCAUCUGUUCGACUCGACAGUCCUUCCAGCGCUCUGUUACGCAGCGGAGACGUGGGCAGACACCGCUGCCACGUCCAGGAAGCUUCUUACUACCCACAGAGCCCUUGGGAGAUGUCUUUUGAGAGGAUUGUCCCGUCUUUGCGACCCAGCGGAAUAUGUAUCGAAAGCAAAACAUAGAUGGGCCGGUCACAUCAUGAGAAGAAUCGACGAUAGAUGGACUAAAAGAACGCUAGAGUGGAUCCCAAGGGACGCUAAACGCCCCCGAGGGAGACCGCCAACGAGAUGGAGUGACGUGUUCGCUGCACGGAUGGACCAGCUGAGAGCUCAGCUGGAUACGGCUCAAGGACCUCGUCAACGUCACUCACGAAGCUUGAGAACAUCUUGGAUGACAAUGGCGAGGGAAAGAAACGAGUGGAAGAGAUGCUGGGGCCCGCACGUCGAGUGA